AUGAAGAAAGCCGAAGGAAAUGACCAGGAAAUUCCAGGUACCGCCAGUAUGGAAACCAUGGAUAAUGGUACGACGCACCGUGGCCUCAAGCCUCGUCACAGCCAGAUGAUAGCCUUGGGGGGCUGCGUUGGGACUGGGUUGUUUGUUGGUACAGGAGCAACCCUGGCUACGGGCGGACCGGCCUUUAUCCUCGCGGCAUUCAUUGUGAUGAGUCUUCUAGUCCACAGUGUUGUCACGACUAUCGUCGAAGUGACGGCGUAUAUGCCCAUAAAUGGAGCCUCAAUGUCGUAUUAUGCUUCUCGAUAUGUCUCCCCAAGUUUGGGUGUCGCCAUGGGAUGGCUAUAUGUCUACUCGUUAGGUAUUUUGGUCCCGUAUGAAAUUACUGCGGGAGCCUUGGUAAUCGACUACUGGAACAGCCCCGUUGACAUUGCCGUGUGGAUCACAAUAUUUAUCUUUGUCAUUGUCGGUCUAAACUUUCUGCCAGUGAAGUAUUACGGUGAAUCGGAAUUCUGGUUUGCAGCCAUCAAGGUGAUUACGAUUGCAGGGCUCUUAAUUCUGGCCUUCGUGAUCUUCUGGGGUGGCGGACCCAAUCAGAAUGGCAUUCUGGGUUUUCACUAUUGGAAGGAACCGGGUGCGACCACCACCUACCUUAUCGAGGGAUCUGCAGGCACUUUUGUUGCCUUUGUCCAAACUCUCGUCUUGAGCGCGUUUCCUUUCGUCUUUGCUCCCGAGCUACUACUCUUCACCAGCGGAGAGAUGAAUAACCCUCAGAAGGACCUCCCGAAGGCUGGUCGCCGCUUCACUCUCCGUCUUAUAGUGUUUUACAUUGGCUCGGCCUUGGCAAUAGGCGUCAUGUGUCCCCGCGACGAAAAAGCACUGAUAAAUGGUGGCCAGGGAGCAAAAUCCUCUGCCUUUGUCGUGGGGAUCCAGUAUGCCGGGAUACAUGGGCUAGGAAGUGUCGUCAAUGCUGUUAUCUUAACAACGGCAUGGUCGGCUGGGAGCGCCUACUUAUACAUGAGCUCGCGUGCUUUGUAUUCAUUGGCACUCGCAGGACAAACACCCACAAUAUUCAAAAGGUGCACUAAGGAAGGAGUGCCAUAUGUGGCCGUAACAGCCUGCUCCUUGUUUUCGCUGCUUGCGUACCUCAAUUGCGGAACCAAUAGUUCGACGGUCUUUCAGUGGUUUGUCAACAUCACGAACACAUCAGGCUUUUUAUCUUGGAUAAGCUGCUGCGUUGUCUACUUGCGCUUUCGGGCCGCUUGGAGUACGCAGGGAAAGCCAGCCCUGCCCUACCGAAGCUGGAUCCAACCCUAUGGUGCAUGGUUUGCGAUGUUCUUUUUCAUCGUCUUGGCUUUUAUCAAUGGCUUCAGUGUCUUCUUCCCUGGACAAUUCUCAAUAUCGAACUUUGUGACGACAUACAUUGGAAUUCCUGCAUUCUUUGCGCUUUACUUGAUCCACAAGAUAUGGAGAGGACGAUCGGAUUCCUGGCUCCUUCCUGCCAGCGAAAUAGAUAUCCAUGAAGGAUUGGAGCAUAUAUAUGAAACUGAGAGGCCGGUCUCGGAAGAGGAACCCGACCACAACAAGUAG